CCCCGGAUGCCACCGGCGGCACGUGCUGCAUGCCGAGCCAAAGCCAGACAGCAGGCAGUGCUGAAAACUGCACCGUCUACCACUAUUCUACUCCCGUAUAUUUACUGGCCUCCCAUAAAUAAAUGCGAGCAAGGGCAAGACGAUGAUGAGGCAUAGGAAGCAAGCCAGCACCCCAAAAGCCUCCCUUCUUUAAUUUGCACCCUCCCCAAAUCUCCUCCUCCUCCUCCGUCGCUGCCUCCUCCCUCCCUCCGUCCCCAUCUCCUCCCCCGUCGAUGAGGAUCAGGAGGAGGCCGCAGCAGCCGUCCCCCUACGCCGCCGCCCUGCUGCACCACCAGCAGCAGUACCGCGCAGAUCCGUCCACAUCCGCGCACCAGACCCCGCGGAACGCGGAGGAGCGCGGCCCCGGCGGGGGCGGCGACGAGGAGGAGGGGCGGGCGAGGCCGCCGCAUCUGCAUGCCAAUGCGGAUCUCGGCCGCAAGCCCGCCGCCGCCAGGCGCCUGGCAUUGCCGCAGGACAAUGCAGUCGAGGGCCAGGGCGCGGCGGCGGAGCAGGGAGAUGGUGAUGCUCGCAGGAGCAAUGGCCAUGGCGGCGGCGGCGGCGGCGGCUGGAAGCUGGACGUGGCAUGCACGGGCGCCGGCGAGCGGGCGGUGAAGGUGGAAGAUCCGGUCACGAAUGGCGUGGCGGCGUUGUCGGCCGUCAAGGAGGAGAAGAAUGGCAGCGGCGGCGCGGCUGGCGGGGCCAAGAAGCGGCGCGGCCCGGCGGUGCUGAUGGAGGGGUCGCGGUGCAGCCGCGUGAACGGGCGCGGGUGGCGCUGCAGCCAGCCGACGCUGGUCGGCUACUCCCUCUGCGAGCACCACCUCGGCAAGGGCCGGAUGCGCAGUGCGGCGGCGGCCGCGGCAGCGGGCGUCGGUGCUGGCGGCGGGCGCGGAGGCCCCGGCCAGCUCGGCCGCACCGAGCACCGGGCCAGGAUGCCCGUCGGUGUCGCGGUGACCACCGCGGCGGCCAAGGCGGAGGAGCCGGGCCUGCGGCCCUACUAGGCGGUGGGCGACGUGAAUUGCUGCCGCGUUUUGUGUGGAUAUCAAUGUCGGCGGUGGCAUGCAGGUGAGGGCACAUGGACAUGGGAGCGGUCAGCGGCGAUCUGGGCUUGUGUGAUUAGUAGUUCGUGCACCUGCGCCUAAAUUCCACCGGGAAUGCCCGUGUAAUUGUGGCAGCGGCUGCCAUCAUCAGCCAUGCAACAUUGCGACUGUGCAAGUGCAGGCGACGCUUGUAAGAAGAACAGUGUCCUCUCGUGUAGCUCGAUCGUUCGUUCCUGUGGUUGGUGCAACUUUGAGGGGUAAAGAACAUACAUUUUGUUCAGAGGAAA